GAGGGAGCCGCUCCCUCUGGCCGGCGUGGCCUGUUCUGCCUCCCUGCUUUAUUCUCGUUUUUUGUCUCAGCCUUUUUCGCCCUCAUGCCGUUUUAUUUCAGGAAGGGCCGAAGAGGCCUGUUUAGACAUAUAGCUCAUGGCCUGAUCCCCGCAGCUACCAUAGCUCCUAAACCUGCUGUCCCCCGUACCCCUCCCCCUCGUAGUCCAAACCCUUCUCCAGAAAGACCCAGGUCUGCUCUAGCAGCCGCUAUUCUUGUGACAACCUUGACUGGACGAACGGUUGCCAUCCCUCAGCCUCGUCAGCGAUCUUUUUCGGAAAGUGAUGCCAGCUACUUGCAAGAUCAGGAAGACUGCAUUGAACCAUAUGCCACUGUCACUGAGCUACGAAUGGGUCCAAACUGGCAGAGUGAUGGUGAUGAAAGGAAAGUAGUCCAAACUUUAGAAGCAUCUGGGAGUUGUGAGGAUGAUGACAUGGAUACAUUCACUUCGGACACAGAAAGAGAAUCAGAUCCACACCGUCAAAUUAUUGAUAAAAAAGAAAGCACGAGUCAUGAGAUGAUGUAUGCUAUGCCACAUAGAAUCAAACAGGAAAAUCUCCCGGUCUCCUCUAGUGCCAAUGGGGAAGAUUCUUCUGUCUGCGAGCCAAGUUGUCUCAUCCAGCCAAAUGUUCAGGUGGAAGAAAUUGAAUAUCCUGGAGUGAGGUUUAAGGGAGACAACUCAGGUGAAAAUCCACUGAAUGAAAAACCGCCUUCGUCUUCAGAUGCAGUUCUCCACCGAAAACAGGAACAGAUGGUUCUCCCCAGAGAGAAGUUCCAGAAAUUAAAAGAACAACAUUGGCAUCUAAACAAUGCAAACCAGACCUUAUUUUCUGAACUCGAACAGUCAAAGCAGUUAAUGAAAGAACUCCAAUUAAAAAUUAAGACAUUGGAAAAAGAGAACAGACAGUUUAAGGAAAAGCAGAACUCACACAGUGAAGAGGAAGGUGCAGAAUUGGUUUUGCUAAGGCAACAAGCCCAGGAACUAGUAGAUGAAAAUGACAGUUUGAAAAUGACCGUUCACCGUUUAAAUGCAGAACUGAGUCGCUAUCAGACAAAGUACAGACCAAUUUCGCCCAAUGAGAGUGUAAAGAUUGGAAGUCUGCCAAUGAAAAAACCAAUACCCCCGUGGCUGCUUGACAUGAAAUAUUUAUCCCCGCUUCUGUUGGCAUAUGAAGACAGAAUGAAAGAAAAAGAAGAGCUGAUUCUAGAGCAUGAGGAAAGCAUGAAGAUGUUUAAAACACAAGUGGAAGAAGUAGUGAAGGAAAAUGAGCAGUUACACCACAAAUUAAGUAAAAAUAUUGGUACUUUUAUUAGUACUAAAGAAUGGCAGCAUUUGCAAAGUCAAGCCAAGCUUGUCCUAGAGGAAAACAGAGUAUUAAUGGAGCAGCUUAAAAUACAAGAAACCAAAAUAAACGAUACCAUCAACCAACAUGUUACCGAAGUUUCCAAAUUAACCAAACAGCUCAUUCUUCUGGAAACUGAGAAACAAAACCAAGAAGUAGAGUUGAAAGAUUGUCAGAAAAAGCUGAGAGAAUUACGCUCCGCAUACAAAGAAUUAAAGGCCAGCGUUGGUGAUUACGUAACAGCAGAGGAGCACGUUGCACUGGAAAAUAAAUUUAAAAACCAAUUGCAGAUGGAACAGGAAAAGAGAGAGAUGGAGACCCAGGAACUAAUGAAAAAACUAGCAUCUGUGCAAGCAGAAACAAAAAGCCUUCUUCGGGGGAAAAAUGACGUGGUGGCAGAAAACAAGGCUUUAGAAGCUGAACUGGAAGUGGCACAGAAGACUAAAAGGCGGUCGCAGAAGAAAGUAGAUCUUCUGAAGCAGCACUUGGAAGAAACAAUGGAAAAGGAAAUGGCUGCCCACCAGUAUCUGGUUAACAUGAUCAGCUUGGCAGAAAACGUAACUCAAGAACGCGAUCAGCUUUUAAACCUGGCCAGUUGUUUGGAGAAAGAGAAGCACGGCGUUCUCAACAAAAUAAUAGAAGGAAAUGUACGUCUAGGAAAAUUAGAAGAGAAAGUAAAGGUGUAUAAAAAGACCGCUGCAGGCAAGCUUGGGGACAUCAGCCUCAAAGCGACAGAGCGAGAGAAGGAAUUUGCGGGGAAGACUGCUCAGUACCAGCGGGAAAUGAAACAUCUCCAGCGGCUGCUGCAGGAGAAGCAGGAAUCCCUGGAUGAAGCUCUGCAGCAGAAGAGAGAAAUGGAAAGCGAACUUGAAAUAAUUUGGGAAUCAACCGCCAAAGAAAACAGGAGGAUGAAGGAACUCUUGCAUAAAUCUCUGGAGAAGAAGAACGCACAGAAUUCGGUCAACGCCGCUCAUGAAUCCCAGUUAACUGACAUUUCUCAGAAAGUCCUGCUGGGUAAAUACGGUUUUAGCUACUGUGAUGUGGAGGUGUCCUCACCCCCUCGAGCUACGAAUGAAGAAGAACCUUAAUAUUAAGGAAGUGGAUGUCUCUGCUUCCUCCAGGGCAAAAGAGAAGUGAAAGAAGCAAACAUAAAGAGCAAACUGGAACCUAGUCAGAAGCCAAGUAUGAUUUACCAGUUGGGUUGAGAGAUCGCCACGGCUGUGAUUUGCAUUGUACAUUAAGGGAUGUUGUCUCAAGACCUUUCUAAGCCCUGAGAAGCAUGUUUCAUUCUGAAAGGCAUGUUUCUUGCCUUUACAGUUACAAAGAAUCUACAGUGGUACCU